UUUAACCAGAGCAGCACCUCUUGUAUCCGCUUUAUAUAUUGUGAUUCUUAGUAAUUACUUGUAUUUGAGGAAAAGAUUUCUCAGCUUUAAACUGUUGGAAAACCACUUUCAGUGUAUGGUUCUCACAUAAUGUCUUGGGGUCGUGCUGAUGUUUCUUAUCAGUUGAACUUACAUAUUGUACCACUAAAUCAAAUAAAGGAGGACUUUUAUCCAUCCAGAGAAAAAAAGUGAGUUAAUAUAAAUCUUUUAAAAAAUACUCUCUUUUGUGUAUUUCUCAAAUACAUUGCUCUUAAAUCUUUACUACUUGCUUCAGCUUAGCUACACUAGAUUCUUGUCUAAAAUAUGUGAUUUAGUACCAAAUGUUAAAUAUAGCUAGUUAUUUGAAGUGUAAUUUUAGCAUUACUUUAUUGUCGGUGUUUGUUCUAGCUCAUGGAGGACUUUGAGAACUACUGCUUUAGAUCGUAUGAGAACAUGGCAUCUGUUAGGAAUGGAAGUGACUUAGGAAGCUUCAUUCUGAUGAUAGUUUUGGUCAUUUACCUGACGUUCUUUCGUUCAUUUGCGUAUACAUCCGGGUGAUUGCUCUUAGGAGUCUGUUCAAAGCACCUACUAUGUAGAAGGUACUGUUAGGCACCGGAAAAAUAAUGGACAGGACACAGGGACCCUGCCCUCAAGCAGCAUGCGGUCUGGUAGCAGACAGAGACGAACAGCAGAGGGUGCCAGAGCAAAAUAAGAGAGUUCUGGGGAAGACCCUCGGAGGAGGCUUAAUGAGAUGAAGGACUGGGGAAGGAUUUCUGAAAGUAUGUCUGCCCCAAGCUGAGUUUUUAAUGUAAAUUAGCCAAGUAGAAGGUGGGAUGAGGGAGUGGAAGAGGCAUUCUAGACAAAGAAUAGCAAAAAUACAUGCCAGGAAGGGAUGGGCCAGUUUAAUAAAUGCUCUUUCCCAAAUGAUGGGCAAACAAAAGCCAUGUCAUAUCUACAGAAUCAGUUAUCACUGGAAGUGAGACUUGUUUUAUAUUUUUAACAAAUUCUCUGGCUGAUUUUUUUCACACUAAAAUUUGUGAAGGCUUACAGGCCAAAUGUAUGUGUUUUCCUAAUACAAAUUCACUCCUAGCCCACUUACAAAUGUGCAGAACCAAAAGCAUUUUAAAACACUUCUUUCACAAUAAAUAGCUUCUCAAAGUAUUUCAUUUACUCCCUCAGCAAUACAGAGAAAAAAAGAAAGGUAAGUAAAUACAGGAAUUUCUUAACUUCAUCCCAGGAAUGAAGGUUCAUAUUCUACAAUCUAUUUCCCCAGCCAUGAGUCUUUUCAGCAUCUCACCUUGCCUUUCUGGCCUUCCCUUUAGGCGUCCUCUAGAAACUUACUCUGUUUUUAUUCUCAGGUUAGAAUUACCAGAGUAAGGGGUGAAAUGUUGGAAUAGUCUUUAAGCCUCUCAAUUUUUAGAGUGAUUCUGAUGCAGAUAGUUGGAAGACCACACAUUAGAACAACACUGACUCUAGCACACAAAGAUACCUAGGUAGGUUCUGAAAAUAAAAGGAUGGAUUACAAGCGUAACUCUCAAUCUCCCCACUCCCAAGACCCCCCAUUAAUGUUCCUCCACGAUAUUUCUAUAACUCCCAGGCCCUACCUUUGAGUCCAUGGUAGAAGAGAAGUUAUUACAGACUUUCUUUAAGAAGGGAUAUCUUCUAAGGAGGAUCAAAGCUUUAUUUCAGAGCUUGACCUUAGCCAAAAUUCAAGGCUCAUAUAGUAAAUUGGAUAAGUAUGGCUUUGAAUGUCUUCUGUUAGCCUGGCAUUGUGCUAGGCCCAGAGGGGUUCAUAGAAGAAAAGCCAGACAUAACCCCUGCCUUCAGAGGGAACAAAUGGACACACACACACAGAGAACUGACAAUAGCAUGUCUAAGAUUGAGGCAACCUUCUAUAAAGAAGAAGUUUCUAAAGUGUCAUGUGAACUCUCAUGAGCAACAUGGUGAAGCAGCAGCAAUGGCUUCACAAAAGAAAUGACACUGGAGCUGGACCUGGAAGGAUUUUGAUGGGCCAAGAAGUUGGCAAGGGCCUUCCAGUUUAAGGAAAUGACCUAAGCAAAGAUAUAGAGUUUUCAAAGUUCAUUGUUUGUUUGGCAAUAGUGAAUGGUCUUGGGUAGCUGGAGCAGAGUAUGCGAUAGGGAUGUUGUGAGACUGAAAAUGUAAGUUAGGACCAGUUUGUGGCAUUGGGAACGUGAGUCUAUAAAACCUGGGAGGGUUGCAGUUAUGAAACCAGACAGUAAGUUUUUUGCUACCCUGAAGUUAAACAGGGAAACCUCUGAUAGAUUGGAUUCCAGACAGACUCUGAGAGGGUUGUAGUCAUGGUGGGCCUAUGAUAAUCCGUUCUCCUGAUGAACCCUCUUACUCUGAGAUUUCUAGGUAUCUGGCUGAGUUUUGGAGAACUCUGAAGGUGGAGCUGCCCAGCACAACCUGGAUUCUCUGGAGGCUCCUGAGGAAGCUGCAGAAAUGCCAUAAUGUGCCCAUCCAGGAGAAGAUGGCCUAUGUGGCUGUUGCUGUGACAGAUGCCCUUUAUGAGGUGUUUGUGGGAAACAGGCUCCGAGCAGCUACGUUCCGACUCUUUCCUCAGCUUCUCAUGACCCUGCUCAUCCAGGUUCAUCACAGCAUCGGCCUCACCAUGUCUGAUGUUGCCAUCCCAAGUGGCCUGUACACAGAACAGGAAGUGUCUUCAGCGGUCACCCCUUUGUGCUUCGCCAUACAGGCUACAAAGACUCUCCUCCUCAGAACACAGUGCAAGCAGGAAUUCCACAUCAUGGAAAAGAAUAAAGGAUGGACCCUCCUGGCAGGAAAAGAUUGUCAUCUUCAGGGAAUAUCUCUCCUUGCCAACGCAUUGCUGGAAAGAAAUCACCUCCUCGCAUGUAAGGUCAUGUACUUGUUAGUCCCUCUUCUUAACCGAGGGAACGAUAAACAUAAACUCACAUCUGCAGCCUUUUUUGUAGAGCUUCUACAGAGCCCAGUGUCUAGGAGACUGCCCAGCAUAUACUCUGUUGCUCGCUUGAAAGACUGGCUACGACAUGAAAAUAACCUCUUUAAAAUUGCUGCCCUAAAGGGACUGUACUAUCUCAUCAGACACCAGGAGAUGAGGGAAGACAUCGAAAGCCUGUUGUCAUGCAUCUUAGACCUCUUAUGUGACACCGACGAGAAGAUUGUUUUGCUGGCCAUCCAGAUUCUCCUGCAGCACGUUAGGACAAUGGAUUCCCCCACCCUGACUGCCAUGAUGAGGACCCUGUUCUCCUUAUUUGGUGAUGUGAGACCUGAUGUUCAUCGUUUCUCUGUGACACUUUUUGGAGCCUCCAUCAAGUCUGUGAAACACACAGAUAAGAAGAGUGUAGAGAACCAAGUCCUGGACAGCUUGGUCCCACUACUUCUAUAUACUCAGGAUGAAAAUGAUGCAGUAGCUGAGGAGAGCAGGCGAGUCCUCACUACAUGUGCCCAGUUCCUGAAGUGGAAGCUGCCGCAAGCAGUGUAUCGCAAAGGCCCCUGGUAUAUCAACCCUGAUGAAGUUGGGACAAUCAGCAAAUUCUUUGGAAACAAAUGCAAGGGGAAAGUUAACAUCCUAGCCCAAACAUUGAUGUUCUCCAAGAAUGCAAAACUUCCUAUCAGAAGAGCAGCAGUCUUGCUUGUAGGGCUCUUUGCAAAGUACAUGGAUCACCACGAGGUCGGGAUGAAGGGUACUGACUGGAUACAGGAUGAUCUGAGAAAUCUGCUGAAUGACCCUGAGCCCUCUCUGCGCAUCAUAGCCUCCCAGGCUCUGCACCGAGUCCAGAAGGUGGGGACUAACCCAGAUGCCGAGCAGACAGUUUUCGGGUGGAGGAAGCUCUUAUGUCAUUUUCCUAUCUAGAAAAUGCAAGAUAAGCAA